AUGGCCGGACCGCGCGCAGGAAACUCGAGGGCCAACGGCGCUGCCAACGGGGACACGUCCAACAACAAGCAAUCGCUCAACGAGCCCCUCGACAAGGAGCUCUACGGCGGAAACAAUGGCGACUACGUCAGUUCCAUCGCCGUUGCUGACGACGACGCCGACAUGGACGACGUGCAGCUGAACGGCCGGAGCCUUGUGGGCCAAUACACGGCAUCCAAGGAGAUGAUGAACGAGUUUGCGCAUGGUGAUGCCGGAGAGGCGGACAUCCUCGACAGUCGCGAGAAGCAGGCUCAGAUCGCAUCACGCGAGACCGACUACCAACGACGACGAUUCGACCGCGCCCUUUCUCCGUCGCGAGCGGACCCCUUCGCGAAGGAUGGCGAAGAUGGCGGCCAAUCGUACAAGGACGUGAUGAAGCAACGCGAGUUUGAGCGCGAAGAGGCGCGUGUGAAGAGGCUCAUCGAGGAGAGGGAGAGGGAGGGAGGCAACGAAGUCCUUGACCACAAGCCAACGCUCCAGGACGACGGAUCCGCCCCUGUCGAUGGCGACAAGACCCCACCCAUGAAGAAGACUCGCAAGAGGAGACGCUGGGACGAGAGCGGCGACGGCGAAACACCUGCGAUCAAAGAAGAGGCCGACGAGGCCACGGCAGAUGGCGAGCCCAAGAAGCGAUCGCGAUGGUCACCGGCACCCGAGGAAGAAAAGGCAGAAGACAAGUCUGCUGAGGCUGCUCAACCGGCUCGAUCGCGUUGGGAUACCACAGCUGUAGCCCCCGCCAGCGCCGCAACGCCUGCUCCCGCCACCAACGGCGCCCGUCCAGUCGCGCAGACGUUCGCAUUCGGCACCGAUAUCUCCAACCGCAACGCUCCCUUAUCCGACGAGCAGCUCGACAUGAUGCUGCCUGGUGAGGCUGAAGGUUACAAGGUCCUCGAGGCCCCUCCUGGGUACGAGCCAGUGCGGCGACCAGUGGGCAUGCCAGCACUUCCCACGGGAUACCAAGGCUUCUUGCUUCCGGAAGCAGACAACAGCUUGGCUGCCAUGGGCAAGCAGCUGCCCACAGAGAUUCCAGGUGUCGGUGAUCUUCAGUUCUUCAAGAACGAGGACAUGAAAUACUUUGGAAAGCUCACAGACGGUGCAGACGAGAACGACAUGACCGUCGAGGAACUCAAGGAGCGCAAAAUCAUGCGACUCUUGCUCAAGGUCAAGAACGGAACACCACCCAUGCGAAAGACCGCGCUUCGACAACUUACCGACAACGCCCGGCAGUUCGGUGCUGGCGCUCUCUUCAACCAGAUCUUGCCUCUCCUCAUGGAGCGCACCUUGGAGGAUCAGGAGCGACAUUUGCUCGUCAAAGUCAUCGAUCGUGUCCUCUACAAGCUCGACGACCUUGUUCGGCCCUACGUCCACAAGAUCCUCGUCGUCAUUGAGCCUCUCCUUAUCGACCAAGACUACUACGCCCGUGUCGAAGGUCGAGAGAUUAUUUCUAACCUUGCAAAGGCCGCUGGUCUCGCACACAUGAUCAGUACAAUGCGUCCCGAUUUAGACCACCAAGACGAAUACGUCCGAAACACCACCGCUCGAGCCUUCGCUGUCGUCGCAUCUGCCCUCGGUAUCCCCGCCCUCCUUCCCUUCCUCCGCGCUGUGUGUCGAUCCAAGAAGUCGUGGCACGCACGUCAUACUGGUGUGAAGAUUGUUCAGCAGAUCCCUAUCCUUAUGGGUUGUGCUAUUCUUCCUCACCUCAAGGGACUUGUGGAGUGCAUCGGCGACAACCUGAAUGACGAACAGCCAAAGGUCCGCAUGGUCACAGCUCUUGCACUUGCAGCUUUAGCUGAAGCCGCGAGCCCGUACGGUAUCGAGUCAUUCGACGAUAUUCUGAACCCUCUCUGGACCGGAGCCCGUCGCCAACGUGGUAAGGCUCUUGCAUCCUUCCUGAAGGCGGUCGGUUAUGUCAUCCCGCUCAUGGACGAGGAGUACUCCAACUACUAUACCAGUCAGAUCAUGGAGAUCGUCAUUCGCGAGUUUCAAUCACCCGAUGAAGAGAUGAAGAAGGUCGUGCUCAAGGUCGUUUCUCAGUGCUCGAACACCGCAGGAGUAACCCCAGUCUACCUCAAGGACAAUGUUCUCCCUGAAUUCUUCAAGCACUUCUGGGUACGCCGCAUGGCUCUUGACAAGCGCAACUACCGACAAGUGGUGGACACGACCGUGGACCUGGCGCAGAAAGCUGGUGUUGCUGAGAUCGUCGGCAGGAUUGUUAACAACAUGAAGGACGAGAACGAAGCAUACCGCAAGAUGACUGUCGAGACUGUCGACAAGGUUAUCAGCACACUAGGAGCGCACGACGUCGACCAGCGUUUGGAAGAACAGCUAAUUGAUGGUGUGCUUGUUGCGUUCCAGGACCAAACCAUCGAGGACCCCAUUGUCAUCGACGGUUUUGCUACGGUCGUCAACGCACUGGGUGAGCGUACCAAGACCUAUCUCCCGCAGAUCGUCGCAACAGUUCUUGCUAGGCUCAACAACAAAUCCGCAACCGUCCGUCAGCAAGCAGCAGAUCUCAUCUCGCGAAUCACCUUCGUGAUGCAGAAGUGCGACGAGGACCCACAACUCAUCAAGCUUGCGCAGGCGUUGUACGAAUACCUUGGUGAGGAGUAUCCUGAGGUUCUUGGUUCCAUUCUCGGUGCUCUUCGUGCUAUCGUCACAGUCGUCGGUCUCCACGCCAUGCAACCGCCUAUCAAGGAUCUGUUGCCCCGCCUUACGCCCAUCCUUCGUAACCGACAUGAGAAGGUACAGGAGAACACCAUCGAUCUGGUAGGACGUAUUGCUGAUCGAGGUGCAAACUACGUCAACCCUCGUGAGUGGAUGCGUAUCUGCUUCGAACUCUUGGACAUGCUCAAGGCUCAUAAGAAGGGUAUUCGUCGUGCUGCCAACAACACCUUCGGUUAUAUUGCCAAAGCUAUCGGUCCCCAGGAUGUGCUGGCCACUUUGCUUGGUAACCUUCGAGUUCAGGAGCGUCAGUCCCGUGUCUGUACUGCCGUCGCCAUUGGUAUCGUCGCCGAAACUUGUGCACCCUUCACUGUCCUACCGGCUCUUAUGAACGAGUACCGCGUACCGGAGCUCAACGUACAGAAUGGUGUCCUCAAAUCAUUGUCCUUCAUGUUCGAGUACAUCGGCGAGAUGGCAAAGGACUAUGUCUAUGCCAUCACACCACUUCUAGAGGAUGCCCUCAUCGACCGAGAUCAAGUGCAUCGCCAGACUGCCGCUUCGGUCGUCAAGCACGUUGCUCUUGGCUGUGUCGGUCUCGACUGCGAAGAUGCGAUGAUUCACUUGCUCAACCUUCUUUGGCCAAACUUGUUCGAAACCAGUCCUCACGUCAUCGACCGCAUCAUCGAGGCUAUCGAAGGUGUCCGCAACGCGAUCGGUACCCCGCUUGUCAUGAACUACGUCUGGGCUGGUCUCUUCCAUCCAGCACGCAAAGUGCGAAACCCUUACUGGCGCAUCUACAACGAUGCCUACGUUCAGAACGCCGACGCCAUGGUCCCAGCUUUCCCAACUUUCGAGGAGGACGAGGUCAGGAGACAUGAGCUGGAUAUUUUCAUCUAA